AGAAUAAGAGGGUUAAACCAGUGUACCUGUUGUUUGAGAAUUAAGCAGCAAAAUCAGGAAAUCAUGUCCACUUACCCAGAGGUUCACGGCGAGCCGACUAAGACCGGCACGGCUUUCCUCGAAACGGCUACCGCCACCAUCCAAAACUUUGCUCCCAUCAACAAGAUCCAUCAGCACCUCUGCGCGUUUCAUUUUUACGCGUACGACAUGACCCGGCAAGUGGAGGCGCACCACUACUGCGGGCACCAGAACGAGGACAUGCGGCAGUGCCUCAUAUACGACAGCCCCGACGCCGAUGCCCGGCUCAUCGGGCUAGAGUACAUCGUAUCAGAGAACCUGUUCCUGGGACUGCCGGACGAGGAGAAGCCGCUGUGGCAUUCCCACGAGUACGAAGUAAAGAGUGGCGUGCUCUUCAUGCCCGGAGUUCCCGGUCCCAUAGAGCGGCAGGACUUGGAAAAGGUCGCCAAGACGUACGGCAAGGUCUUCCACUUCUGGCAGGUUGACAGGGGCAACAACCUUCCUCUUGGGCUCCCCCAGGUCAUGAUGGCCUUAACCAGAGACGGCCAGCUUCACGAAGACCUCCUUAGAGGUGUAGAGAAGCGUUUCGGGAUAUCGAUUAACAAUGAGAGGGAGAAUCGAGCCCACAUAACGGGGCCAACGCAUGGAAUACACCCACUGGCGAAUGGCGGAGGAAAGGGGCUGAAAACGGAGCUGAGGGAGGUGGACUGCAGGCCCACAGAUUCCGUGCCCAGGGUCUUUGUUUGAGUAAUUAUUAGUGAAUAUGUAGAGCAUAUAUAAUUAUAUAUAUAUAUAUAUAUAUAUAUAUAUAUUUGGUUGGGCACCGGAAAGUCUACGUACAUAUAGAAUGUAGUGUGCUCGUUGUGUAAUUUUCUUGUGAGAGACCUGCCUUUGUAAGUGUUAUAUUUUUAUGUAAUAAUAGAUAAUAAUAUUUCUAGCUCU